AUACAUAUCAGCUUGGAGAGAUGCCCAGAAGCUUGUGAAAAAGGUCUUAGAUUCCCAGGCCUCAGAGUCUCAGGACGACAACACCAAGAGUAUGCUGCAGAAUUCAGUGCUCUUAUUGUGGUACACUACAUUUACAACAUAUGAGUAUCAUAAGAUCCGGCCUCUAAUGUCCUAGAUGUACAGUGUAAAUCUUGCAAAUCUUGCAAAUCUUCAUCGAGCUCUGUGUUUAAUUUGCAGAGCACAAGGAAAAAGUCACACAGACGGAUCACCAACAGAUUCCAGCAUUGAACACUCAAAGUGGUUCAAAACAAAGAUCUAACGAACCGAAUGUGAUUGAGAAAUCAUGUCACCAUCCCCGUAGAAAUAUUUCAUGUCCACCUAACCAGGCAACAAACCCUUCUGGUAGUUGUGGUAAAAGCAAUUCUGCAUGGCACAUAUGUGUAAAAGGGAAGGAGAAUGGAGGUCCUGCCAAACGUACAGUGCAGAGGCAAAAUUCACAAGAAGUGCGUGAAUACAUGCAUCAACAAAUCCUUGAGAGGACAAGAAGGAAACGACAAAUGAGGAGAAAUGUGGAAUUUGAGCAGGAGAGGAAGAGAAGGAGUAUGCAGGCCAUAGUGAAAAAACAAAAAGAAGCUCUCCACAGGACCAGGAAACAGCAGACACAACAGAAUGGGAAAAGUAAAAAUGCUGACAAGGAACAAUUUGUUACAAGUAGAAAGACUCUUGGACUGCAGCACAAUGCACAAUGUGCUGUUCUGGAUGCAUCCAGCAGAACUAUGCAGAUGGAGCUGUUUUCUGAUGCCCAGGCGAAGAACAACAAUCCUGUCUGCUUGGUCAAUGUGAAUAGGUCUUUGAUUAUCCAAGCUGAGGCUCAGAGAUACAGAGCGGAAGCUCUCAAAAAGACAAUUGCCUCUUUGGAUGCACGCGUGGAUAAUGAGACUGUCCGGCUUGGCAUCGAUGGUCAUAAAGAAUUUCUGACCCACACAAGGCCCAGUGGUCAUGAAACUGCAGACAGAAAAAAGAAAAAAAUGAAGGAGUCUGUGUCCAUUAAUAGAAAUGUUCCAAUUAAGAAAGAAAUAAAAAUCAACGUAGAUAAGCAAGCUUGUCCAGUGAUGUGUGCACUACAAAGUAAACAGAGAACGAUUCAGUGCACAUCAGAUCAAGGUGAUGACACUGAAAGCACAGACUCUACAAGCAAGUGGAGUGAAAUGAGUGGGAUGUGCAGUCAGGGACAGUUCCAGUGCCACCUCUCGCUGGCACAGAGUCAGCAGUUUAUCUGGGAAGAGGAGCUCAGGGCACGCCAGCUCAGUGCCCUCUUCAGACUCAGAAAGAAAGCACUGUGGGAGAGAACUCAGGCUGAGCUCACAUGGCUGGAGCACUGUAAGAAGAAUGCUCUAUCAGAGGAGGAUUCUGUGACUCAAAUCAAGAGGAAGCAGGAAGAAGUUUUAAAAAGACUGAGAUGUGAGGAGGCGGAGAUCCACCACUGGCGCAAUGUAUAUAAAUGUGGACAGCAACAGCGUCAUCUCUUGCUUUACCAUCACAGUGACAUCCUAGACAUCAAGAAGUCAACUGCUCACAUUCGACAAAUGCUAGAGAACCAGGCCAUGACUGACACUGAUUCCAGGCCCACAGACAUGGCUUCAGUACCGGAGGGAAAAAGUUUAAUCACAAAGCCUGGGAUUAAACCAGCUGCCAGAGGCGAAGAUAAGCUGCCAAGCAAGCAGGGGGGGUUUCUUACUAAAGCAGGCCUGAGGAGACUUCUAACAGCAGACGAGGUAUGGAGUCUUGGGAGGAAGAGAAGUUUGGGAGAACAUAAUAUCCCAACAGAGCAGGAGAUCCUUCAGACACCAGGGUCCAAAGAUUCAGGUGACCCAAAAUGUUUUUCAGCAUACAGCCAUCGAAGCAAGCCAUGCCAUAACACCAGCACUGAGAGAAAAGUAAAAAGAGAGGAUGGAAAACCUCCACAUAAGCAGGAACCACUGAAGGCAAACUCUAAACCUCAUGGUUACGAGCCCAAGCCUGCAAAAAAGGUCAGGAACCCUCAUCCUAAGGUGAGCCCAACAAAAAGCACUGAAAUACUCUCAAGAGAAAAAGUCCACUGGAAGCCUUUAAAGGAUGUGCAUCAUUUCACAUCAGAACACAGCCAGCCUAGCUGUGGAACAUCUGACAAUGCCCCCAUUGUGUCCUGUUUGUCGUCUGACAUAGAGGAAGAUCUGCCCUAUGAUUAUGAAGAUUUCCAGCAAAAACCUGGAGAGGAAACAGAAGCAAGGUUUCAAGAGAAACUGAAGCCACAUUCCUCUUCUUUUGAAAUGACUGUAGACUGUGGUGAGGUAAUAACUGACAAUCUGACUCUUAAUGUACAGAACAGCCAUCGGUCACAAAGUGUGGUAUUCAACAAUAAUCAUGAGAUUUGUGAUGUGUCCAGGAAGUCAGACACAGCUUAUACUCAGACACAUGAGAUUGAUUUAGUCUCCCAGAUCUCUGAAAAUCUGAAGUGGCAGAACAUAAAAGAUUCACUGAUAGAUAAACCACUUGUUACAAAUUCAGUCCUCACUGUAAGAAGUGAUAUAAAAGAGACUGACAGCCCGUCUUGUGAUGAUAGCCUUUCUGAGGCAGAAGAUAAAUCAGAACCAUUUUCCCUCCAGAGUGAAGGACUGGUCUGGUCUGAAGAAGAGAAGGAUGUUCACAGUGAAGAGAAAUCUGAAGUAGGCACAUUUGCUUUAGUCUUUGCCGAAAAGUGUACUGUAAUCCCAGAAUCACCUCCAUGUUGCCAUCAGUUCAACAAUAAACAUUGGGAAGUGGAUCCUUGUGGUCUGCUUCAUUAUGAAAAGCAAAUCACAGCAGAAUCCAACCUGUCAGAGAUCCUCUCGCCUGUAGAUGAGGUCUUGUCAUAUGGAAGUGCUGAGCUUCCUCCGUCUCUUAAAGGAGGAGGUGGCCCAGGACUAGAUAUCAACAGUUUAGCACCUCCUUCACCUGCCUUUGAGAUUAUUACAUGGACUAGUGAAGAGGACCUUCCAGCUCCACCUGAAUUUCUUGAAGACACUUCCAUAAAUAGCGAGAACAUACCUCCUCUUCCUGUGGACUUGUCUUGUAAGAGAGAUACAGAGAGGCCAAGUGAGACCAACGUUAAUAAUGAUGCUAACACUGAAGAUUUAUGUCAGAUGCUUCAUUCUGCAGAGCAGGAUCAGGAUGACGAGGGUUCUGCAUAUACCAGCUCUCUUCCUGUAGAUGACAGUAAAGAAAGCCAAGAUCCUUUGUCCUCUUUUAACAUUGGAGACAGGGUUCUUGUCUGCAACUCAAGACCAGGAGUUCUUAAAUAUAAGGGAUAUACUACUUUUGCUGAUGGCUUCUGGGCUGGAGUUGCACUUGAUAUACCCAAUGGAAAUCACAAUGGAACAUUCAGAGGUGUAAAGUAUUUUACAUGUCAGAAGAGCUGUGGGGUUCUGGUCAGAGCCGAGGACAUUUCUCAUCUGCAUAGAGAGUAUUGUAAUGAUGCAGAUAUAGGCAUGGACGAAGAUACAUUCUCGGAUGAGGAUCCCCCCAAUUACCAAGAUGGGGAAAAUGGGAAUAAACCCUCUGGGAAGGGGCAAAGAAGGCAAAGUGGCAGACACCGCUCUCCUGGACAUGGUUCAUCUGCACCAAAACAGACAUCCCAACAGGAGCCAUGUGAAAAUGAUGAAGCCCCAGAUAAUAAGUUGCCAACAUCCAGUGAAAGAACACCAGUAAAUAUCGAUUGUAUGGGCCAUCUGGAAGACUCCGAAGCUCUGAUAGAGAGGUUAACAGAAGAGAUUUUUAUAGAUGCUUUAAAGAAUAUACAGGAAACAGGAUCAACACAUGACAGUAAAUCAAUGGAAAUUAGUUUUAAGAAAAAAGAAGCUGGCAAUGUGAUUAACAAACCACGUCUCAUGGAUAAGUGGCAGCAGGUCUAUCCAGUAACUCCACCGCAGAUACGGGUGAAACCUCAUGAACAGAGCAUUGUGUACAGACUAGUUGAUGAAACGGUUGAGACCCUGUGUGGCCAGGAAAAUAGAAGUGCACUUGAUGUUGGUGAAACACCAAACUACUUGGUAGAUGAUGAAAGCCGCAAAAACUACAGGCAGGUCCUUUUCCAGUUAGCAUCUGAUAUUCUGAACAAGAUUUGUGCUGAUAUAUUGGAAAUGAGUAGAACUUCGCAGAAAACAGUGGAUAAAUCAAUGGUCUCACUUGUACAGACAAGACAAAUUUCAGUUAAACUUUUAAAGGAUGCAGUGAAAAGGGAAAUACAGAAAAUGCUUAACUUGGAUCAAACUGAUCAAGAAAUGACCGAGAUGCUGCAAACGCUAUGCAAAUACUGGUAUGCUAAGAGGGACAGAGUGGACUACAUGCUGAUUCAGGAGCUUCACAAUGAGGAGAAGGAGUGGGUGGAUUACAGUAAUGACCAGAUCACUGUGAAAAUGCGACUGGCCAAUGAGAUUUUCAACUUUCUUCUGGAUGACACUAUAUCAGUUCUUAACCAUAUAUAUAGCAGACAACAAACAAUAUAGAUUUGGCAUCCUUAUCCUUAUGUCUUUUGGAAAAUUACAAACUUUGUCAUAUCUUGACUUUUUGAUUUAGGCCAAUUCUUUGUAUAAUUUUAAAAUAGAAACCAAAUAAAGGGAAAGUGUGUUUAUA